AUGAUUCUAUCAGUUGUUCUCUUUUUUCUUAUCUGUAAACUAUUGCUACUUGCCAUCUUUUACUGUAUUCAUCUUCUAUUCUACUCUAUUAUAGAUGAAUAUUACUUUUACAAACUUGCCAUACCUCAACAACUUCCAUCCCAUGCUACUGUCAUUUCUAUGAGACAAUAUUAUCACUUUACAGAUAAUAUCUUAGUCUGCAAAGAAAUCUUUUGCCUUUGUCAAAGAAAUCAUAGUCUUGUGCUUUACUAUAAAUUUUUAUUUCUUUAUCCAUUUGUACUGGGUACUUCCAAUAAAAUCUUUUAUCUCAAAUAUAACAAGCCGGCCGAGCAAGAAGUAGCUGAGAAUAUAGAAUAG